AAAAGGGAGCGCUUCUUACGAAAAGUUCUGAAGGCACUAUUUUUAAUCUUCAGAGUAGGGAUUAUAAUUUAAUCCUAAUGUGCACGGAGGAGAAGGAGAUGUGCCCCUUAUGUAUGGAACCGAUGGAGGCAGAUGACAUCUCAUUUUACCCGUGUGAUUGCCGGUACCAGGUAUGCCGGUUUUGCUGGGCUAAGAUAAUUAACGAGGAAAAUGGGCUUUGUCCAGCUUGUCGAAAGGAAUAUAAUUCAGAAAAACCGGCAUCUUACAAACCUAUUUCAGAGACUGAGGAAUCUCGUUGUAGGUCUAGUAGAAGACGCAAGGAUUAUAUAAAGAAGACAAAGCUUAAUCCAGAAAUGCUCAAAAUCCUCCCAGAGUUAAGAGUUGUUCAGCCAAAUCUGAUAUUUGUGGUCGGUUUACCUACAUGGAUCUCAAAGGAUAAGGAAAUACUUAAAGGUCAGAAUUAUUUCGGUCGUUAUGGGAAAAUUUUUAAAGUGGAAGUUAAUCAAAACCAAACUUUCGGUGGACCACAGGGUCAACCUAGUUUUAGUGCUUAUAUAACAUAUUAUCGGGCUGAGGAUGCCAUGCGGUCUAUAAGGGAUCUUAAUCAGAGCACUUUACAUGGGAGACCAAUCCGUGUAUCACUUGGAACUACAAAGUACUGUAGUCAGUUUUUAAGGGGCACGAAAUGCACCAAACAUGAAUGCAUGUACUUGCAUGAACUCGGUGAUUCAGCUGCUAGUUUUACUAAAGAAGAAAUGCAAGCUGGAAAACAUACUGAAUACAUGAACAAGUUGUUGCAAGAUUUCUGUCAGUCUAAAUCAUAUUCACUUGAUUCACAAAAGGAAGAAACAACUAUCUUAGGUUCACUAGAUUCUUCUGUCUCAAGUCCCAAUGAUGCUUCAGUACCUCAUACCAGUGAAUCAAGCAGCUACUCAAAUGGACGUAAUCGCUUCAGAUUUGAAGACACAUCCAUGCUGUCUGUAGAAAACUCGGGGGUGCAAGUUUCAGAUCGAUGCACUACACAGUCUGAUCAAACAAGUGCAUCACUUAAGGAGAUUCGUAAAUUAAGGCAUACUAAUAAAGAUAAUUCAAAUGCUGUCUCAGUUUCCGAUACCUCAUUGGCUGAUAAAUCUAAACUAAAUUAUAAUAAUUCUAACAAACCGAGUAGUUGGAAUCAUUCGUCAUCAAUUUCAUCAUCAGAUUAUCCAACUAGAAAGCUCGGGAAAAACUCAUUUGGUACUUUUCAUUUCAAGAAUUCGUCUGAAAAUACAAAUACAGAUAAAUCAUACGUAGAAGGAACUAAAGGUAACCAUGUGCGGCACCAUAAUCCCACCCAGAAUCGGAUUUUGUUGCCUCGCUCUGUCCCAUCUAAUCAAGUAUCUACACGUACUGAGCCUAUUUGUACCAGCAGUAAUGGCUGUCAUCGUACAUGGUGUCGUCCAAAUCCAGAGAAUUCUUCAAAUAUCCAACCUCUAUUAGGAGAUGAACCCGCAGAUAUUGAUUUUGACCCCUUUCGAGAAUCUCAGCAAGGUUUAGCUGAACUUUUAGCUGCUGAAGUUUCACGUCUUAAUGUAUCUGAACCUCUGUUCAGUCAUCGUGUUUGCUUAACCAAUGGAUCUUCAGUUGGCAUUUCUCACUGUCCAAGUGAACCACAAUCCUCAAGUUUAGACACUAGGCUUCCUCAAGCUAAUUUUAGUCUCAAUUCUGCACAAGCUGAAAAACUGCGUUCCUGGUACUCUAAUAUAGUAUCACAUAACAGAAGCAACCAUGUUGAUCCAAACAAGUCAUUUAACGUGAGUCCAAAUACUUUCUCUAAUCUUUAUCCUCCUCCGGGUUUUGAAGAGGCUGUACAAGGUCACGACCAGUCUUCGGAUGGUCAGUUUUUGACAUCUAAAACAGAUAUAUUAAACUCCAAUUAUCCAGAAUUAUCAUACUCAUGUCCUGAAAGCUUUGGAUAUAGCAACAACGUACGUAGCACAAAUGGAUCGUUGCUACAGUCGUGUGCUUUUCCUUGUAGUCUUCCUUUUACAGGCUCUACAGAAAAAUUGAUGAUAACUGAUAAUUGGAUACAGGCUAAAAAGGUAUCCGAUCACAAUGCUAUCUAUUCAGACACUUUAUUUUCGUCCAUUCCUGCUGUGCUACCCGAUAUUAGUAACGCAUUAAAACAAGAUGAUUUACCUCCACACUUAUCUAGUCAGUUCAUGACAAACAUAUUUAAUGCUGUUUUAAAUUCCCAAUCAAGUAUGAAUAAUAAUGAAUCAACUGGAACACAUGAUAAAUCCUCAACAAAAUCUUCAGCUUCUAUGUUUGACUUCAGUCAGUUUGUUAACCAUCUUUAUCAUCAAUCCUCUGGGUUCUUAGAUAUAAAUGCCCAUAAUCCUAAUCAGUGGUCCACUAGGGUCAAUAUACCAUUUGCUUGUACACAAAGUGAGGUUUUAGAUGCUUCUAUUUAUUCAAGUUCAUUAGCACCAAUGUCCAACACAUUAACUUUUGGAAAAUAUGGAUCUAAAAUGUGUUCUCUACCUAAUAGCAAUGACUAUCAACAACAUCAGAAGAUGGCCUUUAGCACAUAAGUGUCCUCUGUUUUUUCUUGUUUGGUUUUUCUUUAAAAAAAAUUUUUGUUGUUGUGUGAUUUGCUUUAAAAUGUUUAUAUUGUAAUUGUUUCAUUAAUACAUAGAGAUAUACUUUUUUUUUAACAGUGAAUAUCUAUGUUAGUCAUUGGCAAUUUCAAUACUUCGUUGCGUUUACCGAAGUGUGUGUGUGUGUAUGUAUGUUUGUAGUUUGGAUUAUUUUUGGCGAUUAUCCUCCUAUUAAGUCUAGUUUGUUGUGUGAAUUAUAGAGCAUUAAUCUAUCUGUUCAAAUUAUUCAUUGGACUUUCUAAACAGGUUUUUGUUUUUCUAUCAGUUACGGGUUAGGCUAAAAGCGUUUGAGAUUAGUAUUUUUAAUUAAUUUGGAACGUUUGAAGUCAACCCCCUCACAGACACACACACACACACUAAGUAAAGCUUUUCGUUCUCAUCUUCAUAAAACGAGUAGAAAUUCUAUUACAUAUGCUGUAAACGCGCGAUUUUUUGAGAGAACUUUUAUUAUCUCAAACCAUAUGGCCAAUUCAAAUGCAGUGGAAAAGGCUCGGGGAGUGGCCCCCUAAGAAAACCACCUGCUUCGAUUUGGGCACCCGGGCAGUAUCACAGCCCUCACACAUAUCGAAUAAGAUUUGUGUGGCGCAUAUGUAUUUGGUGCCUUCUUGUACCAAUAUCUAUGCAUUGAAAUAAAUUAAAAAAAGAAAACCAGGGAAGGCUGGAUACAUGUUUUGCCCUAGUAUGGGAUUGCUCGAGAGUGCUUAUUCUCGACCCCUUCGGGAAUAAGACUCAGGAGCACCAGGUCUCGUAACGAGCGUUUAACAGUCAAACUACUGAAAGCUUACAUUCGAUCUACAGUCGGAUCGUGUAUGAUCAUAGUCAAUGAGUAGUCACGUACUAGAGAGAAACUGCCAGCAAGUCCCCUAUGAUUCUGAAUGGUUGUCUAACUAAGAUCCGUCCACGAUGUUAACUAUAAAGCUCAUCAGCUUCCACAAACCUCUUAUGCUAAUAAUGUUUUUUAGAAUUUAUACUAAACCUUAAUGAAGAUUUCUGUCAUUCAAAUUAUCACUUUACAAAUUUGAAUUCUCAUAUCAAACUUCGACUUUGAUUGUGUUUAAUUCUCAUUCUUCAUGGCUGAUAUGUACAAAAUUCGGUCCAACUUCGUAGAUAGAUGAAUUUUUUUGAUAAUAUUUAGACACAUUUCCUUAUGAUUUGGUCUAUUUCUAGAUAGAUAAAUAAUCAUUGCUUCCAAUCGUAACUCAUCCACUAAAUAUGCAUUUAUAUGAUCAGCUUUUAAGUUACAUUGUCCGUUAUCUUUGAACCAUCUUCCAUCUCAGCACAUCUGAAAAUUGUCCUUUAACUAUUAAAGCAUGAUUGUAAAAUGCACAUUGUUCUAGAAAUAUUACUACGGGUUUUGUCCAACAAAAACUACAAAAUAUUUUAACAGCUGAAAUCACGAACUGAUCUUAGUUAGACCAACAUUGAAAACCUGGAAGCACCACCCCUCACUCUGAAAUUAAACCCAAGACCUUCGGUUCCGCGUAUGAACUCUUAAUUCAAGACCUCUGAGCCGACUGGCAUCCAAAAGUAUUAAUGUUUAACUCCAAUCAGUCUACGAUUUUGCGCAACCCCAUCAUCAUUCUAAAUUAGUGCAACUCAAUAACCUAUUUUGAAUUCAUGUACUCGACUAUAGAUCAUAUAUAUCUUUUCCGUAUGUCAAGGUUACUAGGAUGUUCAAAAUAAAAGUGAUGUGAAGUAUCACCUUGUUAUUUCAUAGUUGGAAUUUUGAAGAAUGGGUUGUAUAGAUUUCACCUAUUCUGAAAUUUGGCUUCAAAAAUACUUAUCAGGUAAAAUGUUGGUCAAUAUCAAGUUGCCUAAACAAAUAAACACUACAUGUUAGUGUUUCGUAAUGUAAUAAUCUCAGUUCUACAUAAA